AUGUCCGAUCCAGUAGGCUUCAGCUUCCAAGCCGACGUGGUGAACACGGCUUCUCUGGGACACGUCUUGACCGGGCGACUGCUCAAGGCCCUAAGCGAUGGAGGUGUCGAUACGUAUGCCAUGUGGGCAGCUGUACAGCUGGGAAAGCGUAUACCAGUCCAGGAUCUGCACCAGAGCUCAUUGUAUGCCCACAUCAUGUCGAAGAAGACAUAUCAAUCGGUCCUAUCCAAAGCGCUCAGCAUCGGUUGGGGCCACUCGGCACCUGUGGCAGAUUUGGCUCGAACUGUUGCUGGGACCAAUGCUAUCAUUCUGAUUGGCGCCCUCUCAACGGGAUGCCAAGCCUUUGCGGCCGCCCAGUGUCUAUCUGAGGUGAUGGCAAUCUACGGACUUGAGGCUGAUAUGCUGCCGAGUGUCGAUGUGCUCAAGGGUUUGGUCAACUACUUGGCCCCAUUCACCCAAGACCUCGGCUUCUCGAAGGUUUUCCAGCAUAUAACGAAUCUUGCAGAGCGCGCGAUCAGACUGGAAAAUAGAGCCGUAGUAGGGCAGAAAAGAAGUUCCAGCAGAGACGGAAAUGACAUCUCCGAUUCUCUCAAUCAGUUCAUAGGCAUGGGUAGCGCUGCUUCCCUAGCUGGCGCCAUCAAACAGCUCAUUCACACAUCUCAAAAGAAGCAGAGAGAUUACAUGACGCCCAAGAUGCGCGGGUCAUGGCUCCCAGCUUUUGCGAGCCAUAUACUGGGCAUGGCUGUGGAGGUUCGUUACAAUCAAAAGAUUGUAUGGGCUAGCGGUGGUGAGCAUGGGCACAUUCUCUUUCAACUUGGUGACGAGUCUACAGCCCACGACGCUCUUCAGUUAUUCUCACAAGUCAGCGAAGUGAUUGAAGACGACUACAACGAAGAAGGCGGUGAGCCCUUAUUGAGGGUUGAUUGUCUGAUCGGAGAGGCCCUUGAAAGUCAGAUCUACAAAUGGCCGGAAAUCGACAACGAUGUCGCUAAAUCUAUUCGACAUGCGAUAAGAUUUCUAUCUUUCCACCUAUUUAAAGAACUCAAAACCGGUUUUGACUCGCCCAUGGACAGAACUUCCGCCUAUUCUAUAAAAGUGCCAUUCGAUGGUAUGAGGGCAUUGGAGAAGGUUUUGAAUGUAAUGGGCAUUGAUGUCGACUUGGACGAAGAAGCCCCAGCCUUUCCCCCCAGCCUCAACCUGGAAAACCCCGUCAUCCUACAAAUGACCAAAAACGAGGAGGCUGUCGUGGAGUCCCAAGGCCUUAUCUUCCUUAACCCGAUAAGUAUAGUAGCGGUUGCUAAGAACUGUCGUAUACAUUCGUCAGCCUUCUCCAAUGAGUCAGGCGCUAGCGAAAGGCGAGGGAGAAUCGAUUUGAGGACGGGCAAAACUAAACGCGCCAAGAAACGCAUCCCUCCAUUCCCUUGUGCCUGUAGGGCAGUCGGAAGGCUGAUUUACUCUUUCGCGGCUACAGCCCUAGCGCUCAUGUUUUGCACAUUUGACGCCACGGAACUCAGAGUGCUGGAGGAAGUCAUUGCGGGAGAUAUCAUGACAAGCUGGAUUCAACAACUCGUCGACGGUGGGCACAUGGGCUUCCCAUGUCAAGUCUUUCCGGAAGAAUUCACGACAAGCUGGAACCCAAUACUCGAAGACGAAACGUCCCUCUCUCUAUCACCUUCAUUCAUCGAUGAGAGAGAACCAGGCAGGGAGAGAAACCCAAGACGCUCCGGCAAAUUGGUACCGUCGGACGAAGACAUCUUCAAUCACCUUGGGAAACUUGUUUGUUCUGACUAUGCAAUUAGAUGGCUAAGUCCGACCGAAAACUCCACAGAAACAAAUAUCAUUCUUGGGGUCUCGGGAAGAGCCUUCACCAUCUACUACGCAUGUAUAUUAGGAACUGACUGUUUUGAUGUGUUUGGUAGAACCAUCCACAUUCGGUCCGGUCGGGCAUCGGUGGCCGGAGCGUUUCGCAAUGUCAUUGUAGAACGACUAUAUCCUGACAUGGAAGGCAACGGCUCUGAUCCCACCAACGAGCUUGCAGAGGUUGUCUCCUUAGCGACCGGAACCACACUGGGACCACAUCACAGACCUCCAGAAAGUAGGAUUGCCAUGGAUGUGAUUAUCCAAGAAGAGAUCGUGGAAACCCGACCUCAACUCCUUCAGAGCCUCUUAGCCGCUCUUCCUCCACUCGACAAGUCCCUCGAAGAAUUCCGCGACGUCGCAACUCUCCCAGAUGGCUACAAAAUUGAUCUCCAAAUUGUCCGCCCGCGCGGCGUAGACGAGUCGAACGCGGACCGGCCUCUCAUCCUCCUAUGGCCAGGUGGUGGUUUCAUCGUUGCCGGCGUCGAGCCGACGACCCGCCCCGCGCGGGAAUUUGCGCUCGAGUUCGGCGCUGUAGUGGUCAACGCGACUUACCGUCUCGCGCCGGAACAUAAAUUUCCCAGGUCUGUCAAGGACGGUUGGGAGACUGCUGUAUGGUUAUCGAAGAAUGCUGGUCGAUUCGGCGGGGAUAUCAGCAAGGGCUUUAUUGUCGGCGGGUGGUCUGCUGGUGCGAACAUUGCCUCGGUUGUCAGCCAGAGGUCCGGUGUCGAGGGGCUGGGGAUCACUGGCACGCUUCUGGGUAUUCCGUUCCUGCUUGUCAAGGAGAUUGUGCCAGAGAAAUACGCCAAGGAGUGGGUUUCUCGAGAGACCAACGCCGAAUGGAGCCCGACCUUUACUACCGCUGUCAUCAACGAUGUGUCGAAGGCGUUGCAGGCGGAGAUCAAGUCGCCAUGGUACUCGCCUUUCAACGAUCCUGAGGCCAUUCCUAAAUCACCCAAGGCUUAUAUUCAGGUUGGCGAUCGAGACCCGUUGAGGGAUGAUGGGUUGAUUUAUGCCAAAGUUUUGAAGGAUAAUGGGGUUGAGUCAAGAGUUGAUAACUAUCCUGACUGGGGACACCAAGGCUGGACUAUCUUUGCUCCCGAAGACCAGCCUGCGGAGCUAGGGCCGAAUACGAUGAAGGGAAUGAGGUGGCUGUUGGGGAAGGACUAG